AUGUCGACCUUCCCGACCGAUAAAGAAAAAACCAGUUUGCAUGAGAUCCGCUUACUGUUCGACAGUCUAGACGUCCAGGGUGAUGUUGCUAGUGGCUACACUCUCUCUGGCAACCGAGUUACGAUCAACUGUAAAGAUCGCCAAAUCGCGGAGUCCCUGAUGCUUAAAUUUGCGGGACAAGUGGAGCCGGUGACUAUCCGCGCUGGAAAAUUCAGUCUUGAACCGACUAAGGCUAUGAUGGAAAGGGAGGAGUACUUAGCGACCACGACGCUUGACCCCUCUACAGAUGAUGAAGCGCAGCAGCAUACGGAAAGUCUGCCGAAGAGAGAAGCCGAUGUGAAAGAACAUAGGACGAGUGGUCGGAAUGGUGGUGGGUAG